UAUAAACAAAUUUGACGUCAACACGUAUACAAAAAAUCAAAAUCCGAUAUUUUAUCAGUUUUAUCAUUUUUUUAUGUGAAUAUUUAGGAGUAACGGAACGUGUUCAGUUACAUAAAUAAUAAACCCGUCUGGAGGCCCAAUUAUGAAGCUCCUUAUUUUCGUAGCUGUGUUAAGCUUUCAUUCAUGUUUUUGUAAGCAAUCGGAAGAAGAGUCUUGUGUAAAAUAUGCCGGCGGUACUGUUUAUCCACACACUGACUCUAUUAAGGAAUCCCAGCAUAAUUUGCAAUUCACUAAGGCCGUCAUUUCAAAACCAGCUCCAUUCUGGGAAAGCACUGCAGUGCUAAAUGGAGAAUUCAUCCCUUUGAAAUCCACAGAUUUUCUAGGAAAAUAUUUGGUAUUCUUCUUUUAUCCUUUAGACUUCACAUUUGUAUGCCCAACAGAAAUCCUUGCAUUCAGCGACAGAUUGGAUGAAUUUAAAAAAAUUAAUACUGAAGUGGUUGCCUGUUCGGUUGACUCUCAUUUCACUCAUUUAGCCUGGAUCAAUACCCCCAGGAAAGAGGGUGGAUUGGGUAGCAUUAAGAUUCCUCUUCUCUCCGAUUUAAGCCACAGUAUUUCUAAGGACUAUGGAGUUUAUUUAGAAGAUGCUGGACACACCUUGAGGGGGCUUUUCAUAAUCGAUCUUAAGGGUAUUGUAAGGCAAAUAACCAUGAAUGAUCUCCCGGUUGGUAGAAGUGUUGAUGAAACUUUAAGGUUAGUUCAAGCUUUCCAAUAUACUGACAAGCAUGGAGAAGUUUGUCCAGCUGGCUGGAAGCCUGGACAAGAUACUAUUAUCCCUGAUCCGGUUGAAAAGCAAAAGUAUUUCCAGAAACACUAGGGUUUCUAUGUUGGACCCAAUCAUAACAUCACAGAAUGAUAUUUUUUUAAAUGUUAAUUUAAUGCCUGUUAUUGCUCCUCUAGUCUGUUAUAGACUGUUAUUUUAGAAAUUAGUUUCUUUUUUACUUGAUAAAAAUUAAUAACAAUUUUGUAAUAAAAAUUUGUUUAAGGCUCAAAAUAUAUUUUUGUAAUUUC